AUGCUAGUAUGUAUGGCUUUUCGAGGAAUUUGUGAAGUUUCAGUGUUCGAUACUGACAAUAAAGUUCAAAAAUUUUACCCAACUAAGCUUGCUGAUAAGACGUGGGAUAAUACAGGUCUUCUAGUGGAUGCUAGCAGUGAGAAUCUGACUACGGGUUUAGAUAAGAUCAAAGUCCUAUUGACAAUUGACCUUACCCAAAGCGUCGCAGAUGAAGCUAUUAAAAAUAAGUCGACGAUGAUUGUUGCAUACCAUCCAUUUAUUUUCAAAGGUUUAAAAUCUAUCACUCACAACGAUCCUCAGCAAAGAUCGUUAAUUAAAUUGAUCCAGAAUAAUAUUAGCGUCUAUUCACCCCAUACGGCUAUCGACAGUGCUCGUGGUGGUGUAAAUGACUUUUUAGUUGAUGGUUUAGCCAAAGGAUUUGAAAUUGACUCUAGAGAACCAAUCGAAGAACACGACGAAGAAAAAGGUUGUGGUAUGGGACGAAUAAUUGAAUUGUCUGAACCUGUAGCUUUGAAGCGUCUCGUUGAGAAUGUGAAAGAUAGCCUUGGGUUGAAGUACGUUCAAGUUGGCGUUGCUAAAGAUCAAGACGGCAGUCAAAAAAUUAAGAAAAUAGCAAUCUGCGCUGGCUCGGGAGGCUCUGUAUUUGGUGGAAUUACUGCAGAUUUGUUCUAUACCGGUGAAAUAUCUCACCACCAAGCUCUCUUCCUCACUGAAUCUGGCUCUUCCAUUAUUGCUUGUAACCAUUCAAAUACGGAAAGAGCUUUCUUGAGUGUUUUAAAAAAACAACUUCAAGAUGAGCUUCCAGAGGACUCAGAGAUAUUAAUCAGUUCUCUGGAUAAGGAUCCUCUUGCAACUUGGUAG